GAACGAUCAAAUUUAAACCCCCUUAAAAUUCUUAAAAACUCUUUGAUGACAUCAACAGAUCUGCAAUUAGUAUCAGAAGAUGAUACUUCUAGAAUAAUGGUUCGUCAUAAGAGGACUCAUACAGGACUUGGUAGAGAGCAAAUUAAAUUUCUUCAAGAACAAAUCCCUGAAAGCCAAAGAAAUGCAUGGGAAAGUCAUAUUGAAAGAGAUUUAAAUACAAAGGAUGCGUUUGAAAGGGAUUUUGUUCGUUAUGUAGAAACAACGCUUGCUAGAUCAAUGUAUAAUUGUUAUGAUGCGGUGGCAUAUCGAGCAACAGCAUAUUCUGUUCGUGAUAGACUUAUUACGCGAUGGAAUAAAACGCAACAAACAUUAACAUUAGAAAAUCCUAAACGGGUUUAUUACUUGAGCAUAGAAUUCCUUAUGGGAAGGACAUUAGAUAAUUCUAUGCUUAAUCUUGGAAUAAAAGAUAUGAUAAGAGAGGGAAUUAGCGAGCUUGGAUUUAAUAUCGAGGAUAUUAUUGAUGCAGAAACAGAUGCAGCUCUUGGAAAUGGUGGUCUUGGAAGAUUAGCUGCAUGUUUCUUAGACUCAUUAAGUUCAUUAAAUUUACCGGCAUGGGGUUAUGGCCUUAGAUAUCAAUAUGGAAUUUUUAAACAACAAAUUGUCGAUGGACAUCAAAUCGAACAACCUGAUUAUUGGCUUCAAUUUGAUAAUCCUUGGGAAAUGCUUAGACAUGAUGUUAAGAUCCCUGUUAGAUUUUAUGGUUAUGUCAAAAAAUACAUUGAUGAGGAAGGAAAAACACGAUAUUCAUGGCAAGAUGGUGAGCAGGUUUUAGCUGUUGCUUCAGACGUUCCAAUUCCCGGUUAUGGAACAAAUAAUACAAAUAAUCUUAGAUUAUGGUCUAGUAGACCAAUGUGUGAGUUUGAUUUUAGCAAAUUUAAUGCUGGCGACUAUGAAAGCUCAGUUAGAGAACAGCAGCGUGCUGAAACAUUAUCAGCUGUUUUAUACCCUAAUGAAAAUGUUUACCAAGGUAAAGAGCUUCGUCUUAAACAACAAUAUUUUUGGGUUUGUGCAAGUUUGCAUGAUAUUAUAAGACGUUUUAAGAAAUCCGGGAAACCCUGGUGCAAAUUUCCGGAACAAGUUUUUAUUCAAUUAAAUGAUACGCAUCCUGCAUUAGCUAUUGUUGAGCUUCAACGAGUUCUUGUUGAUUUAGAACACCUUGAAUGGGAUCAAGCAUGGAGUAUUGUUUUAAAAACAUUUGGUUAUACAAACCAUACUAUUCUUCCAGAAGCAUUUGAAAAAUGGCCAAUUCCAAUGUUUCAAUCAUUACUUCCACGGCAUAUGCAAAUUAUUUAUGAUAUAAAUUUCUUCUUUUUACAAUUAGUUGAAAAAAAAUUCCCUAAAGACCGAGAUCUUUUAUCACGUGUAUCUAUUGUUGAGGAAUCGUCUCCUAAAUAUAUUCGCAUGGCCUAUCUUGCCGUUAUUGGAUCAUCUAAAGUCAAUGGUGUGGCAAAAUUACAUAGUAAUCUUAUAAAGACAACUAUUUUUAAGGAUUUUGUUAAAAUAUUUGGUCCUGAUAAAUUUGUUAAUAUUACUAAUGGAGUUACACCACGUCGAUGGUUACUUCAAGCUAAUCCUACUUUAUCUAAUUUAAUUUCAAAAAAACUUGGAGGAUACGAUUUUUUAGUUAAUUUAUCUAGACUUAAAGAAUUAGAGAAAUAUGCGCAUGAUAAAGAGUUUCAAAGAGAGUGGAGAGAAGUGAAGCUUUUUAAUAAAGCUAGAUUAGCAAAAUAUAUCGAAAAAACUAAGGGAUUAAAAUUAAAUAUAGAAUCAUUAUUUGAUAUCCAUGUGAAGCGUAUUCAUGAGUACAAAAGGCAAACUUUGAAUAUUUUUGGUGUAAUCUAUCGAUAUUUGAAGCUAAAAGCUAUGUCUAAAGAAGAAAUUCAGAGACAAGUUCCUAGAGUUUCUAUUUUCGGAGGAAAAGCUGCUCCUGGUUAUUUUAUGGCUAAAUGCGUGAUAAAAUUAAUCAAUUUUGUAGCAGAUGUUGUUAAUAAUGAUGAAGAUAUCGGAGAUAUUUUUAAAGUUCAUUUUAUUGAAGAUUAUAAUGUUAGUAAAGCGGAAAUUAUUAUUCCUGCAAGUGAUAUUUCAGAGCAUAUAUCUACUGCUGGUACUGAAGCUAGUGGUACAAGUAAUAUGAAAUUUGCAUUAAAUGGAGGUCUUAUUAUUGGAACUGUUGACGGUUCUAAUAUUGAAAUUACUCAUGAAAUUGGAGAAGAAAAUAUUUUUUUAUUUGGAAAUUUAAGUGAAAAUGUCAAUAAUUUACGUCAUAAACAUGUGCAUGAAAAUACUCCCAUGGAUCCAGAACUAAAGAAGGUUUGUGAUGCAAUUGAAAGUGGGACUUUUGGUGAUCCAAGUUUAUUUGCACCGCUUAUAAAUGCAUUAACCUAUGGAAAUGAUUAUUAUCUUAUAAGCGAUGAUUUUCAAUCAUAUCUUAAUGCACAUGAUCUCAUAGAUGAAACAUUUAGAGAUAAAGAUUUAUGGACAUAUAAAACUAUCAUUUCCGUUGCUAAUAUGGGUUUCUUUUCUUCCGAUCGCACUGUUCAAGAAUAUGCAGAAGGUAUAUGGAACAUUGAAGCGUGCUCAUUAGAUGAUUAACUUUUAUUUUUUUUACUAAAAAAUUUUUAUUCUGUUGAUUUUUUA